AUGCUAUCUCCUCGCCACCUUCUGCCGACCCUGUGGCUGCUUUUGUUUCAGCAAAUAUGCACUGCUUCAUACACUUUGAAAGAUGAUUAUGGUAAUGAUGAAAAGUUCUUCGACAAGUUUGAUUUUUCACAGGGCUAUGUGAGCUACGUCGACAGAUCGACUGCAAAGACCUCUGGCCUCAUAAGCGCAUCAGGUGGCUCUGUCUAUUUUGGUGUCGACACUAGAAACUCUGCAUGGGGUUCCGGUCGCCAAAGUGUGCGAUUGACAAGUCAUCAGGAUUAUACCCAUGGCUUGGUUGUUUUGGACCUGGCCCAUAUGCCUGGGAGUGUGUGUGGUACCUGGCCAGCAUUUUGGAUGAUCGGCACCGUCCCUCCAACAGCUGGUGAAAUUGACAUCAUCGAAGGAAUGAAUGAAGGUCCAACAAACUUGGUCACCCUACACACAAAUCACGAUGGGUGCACAGUCAAUAAUUCUGGGUUCAGCGGCAUUCUUGGCCGAGAUACUUGUUACAUCUACUCAACAGGCCUCGGCGGCAGCGGUGGGUGUAGCAUUGUUGAUCCAAACCCCGAGUCAUAUGGCGGUAUCUUCAACGGAGGUGGUGGUGGAGUCUAUGCGACAGAGUGGACAAGCGAUGUUAUUCGAGUCUGGCACUUCUCUCGCUCAAAAAUACCAGGGAAUGUUCAAUCUGGCUCACCUGACCCUUCGACAUGGGGCACUCCAGUUGCCAGUUUCUCCGGUGGUUGUAAUAUCGACGCGCAAUUCAACAAUCUUCACCUUGUUUUCGACAUCACCUUUUGUGGUGAUUGGGCCGGGGGCACAUGGGCCAGCAGCAGGGUGUGUGCCUCCAAGGCACCCACAUGUGUCGAUUAUGUUCGGAACAAUCCGAGAGCCUUCGAGGAGUCAUAUUGGAGAGUGAAUUCACUCAAGGUGUAUCAACGAAGUUGA